GUACUCCGUAAACUCGCCCUCUUCUCUCCUUCUCACUCCCUUCAAACCCCGUGUGUCCAAUUCUGCUGAGGUAUCCAACACCCUAGUACGAAUCGAUGCGUUGCGGUCUUGAGCUCGAUCUCCAAAUUGUAAAGCAGCAUUGGAAGUGGUAGCCGUCAGUGGCGGCCAUGACGUGACUGAAGCGCUUAUUCUGCCUCUCGAAGCUGCUUUGACCUCACACCAAGCAGCAGAAAUCAGCACAUACACAUGACAGACACAGACAACCAGCACGAUAUGACAGACCAAAGCGCUCCGCCAUCUCCUCCUCCUCAACGUCGACGUCGAUCCUCCUUUAUCGAGAUGUUCAAUCGUCCCCAGUCUACUAGCGCAGUCUCGUCUUCACCACCAUCUACCACUGUCCCACCACAUCCGACCUCUUCUCAACAUCGAAGAGGCACCUCCAUUAGCGGCCUUGGUCUGACUACCAACCCUUCCUCCCAACCCUCGCCUUUCACGGCCUUCCAACGUCAACGACGAGCAAGCAUUGCGACUUCAACCACUUCAAACUCACCGGAUUUCAAGAACAGCUUCGGAGAUGAGCCUGCUGUGCUUGAGGAGGACGAAGCUAAUCCUUCAUCACCGUCCUUCGCUAGACGGGUCAGCUUUGGAGCACAAGCACUAAGAGAUGUCAAAUUGGGAUCGAGCCCUGGAACUGCUGGCGGUGAAGGGUUCAACUGGUCAGAGGCCCUCCGUGACAGAUCUAGACGCUCGCCGUCGUUUUCUUCCGGUAAUCCAUUUACUCAAGGAGCCAACCGGCCACGUGGGGCGAGUAUCACAAAUCCCGAACCACUCAAAGAAAUUACAAAACCUGUUGAAUCCAUGUCAACUCCCGUCAGGAUGAAGAAACCCGACCACCUUGGAGAAAGAAUGCUUCGCGGAGAUUUCAUGAUGGAUUAAAUAUACACGAAAUGCUGUGCUGUCUUGGUAUCAGGUGCUUAUUUCGGGUACAGCCUAUGUCAUGUUCACAAUUUGUAUGAGUGCUCUUGUCCUCUUCCAGGAUCUAAGUGGUAUGGUACCAGAACCGAUUAUGAAACGUGAUGGAGUUCGACUCCUUCCCGACGCUGAUUUUGAUCCACGUUACAAAAGAUUAUCUUUGACACUCUUAUCACUGAUUUUGAUUGAGCAUA